GACUACUGAGGAAGGAAAAGGAAACAGCAGAGGAGGGAGGAGAGAGGCCACACAAGAGUGGGUGACAGAGGAGUCCGGAGAGGGCAGAUCUAGGGCAGAUCUAGGGCAGGGGGAGAUAGGGAGAGGGCAGGUCGAGCAUCCCAGAGGGUGCCCCAAGAGCAGGGCUGCAGGGGCGGGGAGCUGAGGGGGCGGGCCGGCCAUGUCCCACGGGACCUACUACGAGUGUGAGCCCCGGGCUGGCCAGCAGCCACUCGAGUUCUCAGGGGGCAGAGCGGGGCCUGGAGAGCUGGGGGACAUGUGUGAGCAUGAGGCCUCCAUCGACCUCUCCGCCUACAUCGAGUCUGGGGAGGAACAGCUCCUCUCUGACCUCUUCACUGUGAAGCCAGCACCUGAGGCCAGAGGGCUUAAGGGACCUGGAACCCCUGCCUUCCCCCACUACCUGCCGCCCGACCCACGGCCCUUCGCCUACCCGCCACAUACCUUCGGCCCUGACAGGAAGGCACUGGGGCCUGGCAUCUACAGCAGCCCAGGGAGCUACGACCCCAGGGCUGUGGCCGUGAAGGAGGAGCCCCGGGGACCAGAGGGCAGCCGAGGGGCCAGCCGUGGUGGCUACAAUCCUCUGCAGUACCAAGUAGCACACUGUGGGCAGACGGCCAUGCACCUGCCCCCAGCCCUGGCAGCGCCCAGCCAGCCCCUGCGCGUCCUCAAGGCCCCUGUGGCCGCCGCCGCACCCCCCUGCAGCCCCCUCCUCAAGGCGCCAUCCCCAGCUGGCCCCUCACACAAAGGCAAGAAGGCGGUGAACAAGGACAGCCUGGAGUACCGGCUUCGGCGGGAGCGGAACAACAUUGCUGUGCGCAAGAGCAGGGACAAGGCCAAGAGGCGCAUCCUGGAGACGCAACAGAAGGUGCUGGAGUACAUGGCAGAGAACGAGCGCCUCCGCAGCCGCGUGGAGCAGCUGACCCAGGAGCUGGACACCCUCCGAAACCUCUUCCGCCAGAUCCCCGAGGCUGCCAACCUCAUCAAGGGCGUGGGGGGCUGCAGCUGAGCCCAGCUGGCAGACUGUGACACCAGCCCCCGGCCUGACCCUGUUGGGGCCCUAGAGCCCUCACAGGUUGAGCCUGAGACAUAGACCGUGGACAAAUGGCAGCGGGUGGCAAGGGAAGAGGGCAGACCCCAGCAUGAUGAUUCUAUGGCUGAA